CGCGUUGCGAUGGCUGAGGAUUCACAUGCCGGUGAAUGGUGUCUUAUUGAAAGUGAUCCUGGAGUAUUUACAGAGCUUAUUCGAGGAUUUGGUGUGAAAGGUGUUCAGGUCGAGGAGAUAUGGAGUUUAGAUGCCGACAGCUUCAGAAAUUUAAAACCCGUCCACGGUUUGAUAUUCUUAUUCAAAUGGAAAUCCGAUGACGAACCGUCGGGAUCCAUUGUGCAGGACAGUAGGCUGGAGAAGAUUUUCUUUGCAAAACAGGUAAUCCAGAAUGCCUGCGCAACACAAGCCAUUCUCAGCAUAUUGUUAAAUUGUUGUCAUGGCGAUUUGGAGCUGGGUGAAUCACUGACACAGUUCAAGGAAUUUACACAUGGUCUGGACGCAUCUAUGCGCGGUCUCAGUCUGAGUAACAUGCACGAGAUUCGAAAAGUGCACAACAGCUUCUCCAGGCAGAACAUGUUUGAGUUUGACAGUAGUCAGCCGCAGAAGGACGAUGACGUCUUCCACUUUGUCGCCUACUUGCCGAUCGAUGGAAGGCUAUAUGAGUUAGAUGGCCUCAAGGAAGGACCAGUCGAUCUAGGUGCUGUUGCUAAGGACAAGGAUUGGCUCGACGUGGCGCGUCUCGCGUUCACAAUUGUGCCACGACGCGUAAGUCAGCGCUACAGCGCGGACGAGAUACACUUCAACCUGAUGGCCAUCGUCUCUGAUCGCAAGCAGACGUACACGAAGCGCGACCAAAAACUUUAGGAGAGUGGCAUGGAAACAAGUGGAGCUUUAACAGAAAUCAAUGAACUUUCCAUGCUAAUCAAACAAGAGGAGGAAAAAAUGCAGCAGUAUAAGAUAGAGAAUAUAAGAAGGAAGCACAACUACCUGCCUUUUAUAAUCGAGUUGCUAAAGGUGCUGGCUGCAGAUGGCCAGCUGGUAAAUUUAUACGAGAAGGCAAAACUCAAAGCUGAAGGGAAGGCAAAGAAGGAACAGCCAAAGGAAGGAGCAACGCAGCAGGCCACGAAAUGAACACUCACACCACAGGAGGCCGGCGCCGCUGUCUUAACGACCGCACUGCCAACAAUCUAAAAUCUUAAAAUAGAUUCACGGAACACACCGCUUCCGACAUCGAGCGAAGUCGAGAGUUCUCAAUGGGAGUUCAUCGCCAAGGGGAAACUUCACGCGCCCGCCGUGAAUCGAACAUUGUCGAACUUAGCGCACUUACACCCAAGUAUGGUUGCGAAACGCGUGCUUGGUGAAAUCUUCUACAUGUUGCCUACCGAUUUUCUGGCACUGUCAGUUUUCUGAACCAUCAGUCUAUCUAGUUACCUGCAAUACUAAAUUCUGGUACCGUAAAACUGUGCUCAUCAUAGCUUAUAGACUGUUGAUUGCCAGAAAAUCUGUUGAAUACCUGCAGUUGUGUUUGUAGGUGAUGAAUUGUGGUGAGUCUGUGCAUUUAAUGCAAUGUGGACUCCAGUAAACUCUACGGAUAUAUUUCACAAUAGGGAUCUCUGUUGCAAGCGUUCAUUUUCUAAAUUGGCAGAGCAAGCUUACACGGUUGGAAGUCACCCACACGGUUUCUGUAUGUUCGAUGCGUUGAUUAUAUUUUGUCGAGUGUAUUGUCCGAUUUAUUGGAGUGUGUAUUUAUUAACGUGGUUAUUGCCCGUCUCGUAUUGCUAGGCCAACCAGAGCGGUAGACAGAACAAAUCUUUUUUACCCCACAUUACAAUCUUUUAUACUGUACCAAGUGCCUGUAUCCUUGAUGAUUUAACAAGUUGUCAGUCAAUGCACUAUUUUUGCAUUUACAAUUUUAAGGAUGUAUAAAAGGUUACUGGUACUGUUAACACCACACUAGAUAUGUAAGCGCUGGGAUGGUAAGCUGUUUGAACAAUCAGCAUGGUUUGAUACCGGUGUACCUGCUAAAACGGGUUUAGCUCUGCACCUGUGUUGUAAGGAAUGUUCCAAACAUGGAAAAUAAAACUGUAAAAUAUUUCUAA